AUGCAGUACUCCCGUCUUCUUCUCUGCUUCGCCGCUCUGGUCGGCUCCGCCAUUGCCCUUCCCACUCCUGAAACUCCCGCGGAUGACGUGACUAUUGCUGGCUACACCGGUGCUGGAGGUGUUGCUAUCUUGAAUGGAGUAGAGCUUCCAGCUGAGAAGCGGGAUGAUGCUACCACUCAGGGCUACACUGGGGCCGGUGGCGUUGCUAUCUUGAAUGGGGUCGAGCUUCCAGCCGAGAAGCGGGAUGAUGCUACCACUCAGGGAUACACUGGUGCUGGUGGGGUCGCUAUUCUGAACGGCGUUGAGCUUCCUGAGCAAUAG